AUGAUGUCGCAAGAUGAUCUGAAUGCGCUCCUUCACAGGAUGCGGCAACAGAUCGCAGAUCUUACCGUUCAGCUGGCAGAGGUGCAAACCAACCCUGCAUCAGUUGAACGAAAGUUCAACAAGAAGGUCGAGAUUGUCGCUGACCCCGGCAGUUUCGACGGAGACAGAGCAAGAUUCGCCGAGUGGUGGAUCAAGCUCCAAAUAUGGGUGAAGGCAAAUUACAAAGCCUUCGAAGAUGAUUUCGAGUUAUCGACUGCAGUAUUGUCGAGACUCAAGGGACCUGUGGCGGGUCGAUACACCCAAGUACAGUUACAAGAAUGCUACCAGUCGGGCAACUGGCCAGCAUGGGACGAUCUCAAAAACGAGAUCGAAAAAUAUUUUAAGCCCCAGGCCGAACGCGACUGGGCGCGCCAGCAGAUCCGUUCCUUUACUCAAGGAAACAUGAGGACGGACAACUUUGUUACCCGGUUCCUGGCUCUUUCCAUUCAGGGAGGGCUCGGGAACGAACAUGCAGUAGAAUUGUUGGAGCAAAACGUAGCUCCAGCAAUUGCCCAACAGCUCUACUUGCAAGGGCGACGAGAAGACGAGCUGGCGAACGCAGCAGAAGCCGUUCGGGAUAUCGGUAGAGCUCAGGAGCUCUAUCAGAUGCAAUUCUGUGGCAGGUCCACCAACACAAACAACCAACCCCAGAGGCGCCCUGGGUUACCAAACCAAAAACAAAAUUCUUACGGGUUCAAGCCUUACGGGCUACAGCCAGGUAGAGGAGCUCCAAUGGAGAUCGGCGCGGUCCAAGGAGGACAGACGCGCAGAUUCAAGGGCUCUUGCUACAGCUGUGGCAAGGAGGGACACAUGUCCCGAGACUGUAGAACCGGAGUGCAGGCCGCUCAAAACAAAAACAACCAAGGGCGCCAGGCGCGCCAACUUGAAACAGAAAAACCAGACGAUCGGCUCAAUUCAUUGACCGGUCGUUCGUACAACGAAAUUCGUGCUUUCUUCUAUGAUCAGCAGGCUGCUGAGAUGAAGGCACAGGGAAAAGAGUUCGGAGCUUAG